UAAAUAAAAGAGGAAAAAAUCCAAAGAUGUUAAUAGAGUGAAGUUUUGAGCAAGUUUCGGAUCUGUGCCAUCACUAACGAUAAGAUCAGUCUAACAUUUAUGCGCGCGCAUAUGAAACGGAGACAACGCUGAAGAAAAAAAGGGAAACGAUUCGUAAGAUAGAGAAGGAUAAUUCGAGAAAUAAGAUGCGCACAGAAAGGUGCAGAGAAGAAAACCGUGCUACCGGCAAACUGAACGCUUUAAUGCGUGUUGAGCGUUUGUUCGGAACGCAUCUCCGAGAACGAAGAGAAACGAUCUUUCGAAUCAAGGAUUUCGACUUCUACAUUUUUUUUAUCAUUCAAAUCAUAUACGGGCAACGACGAUUUUCUUAAAAAUUGUGAGAAGUUGAAAAAAUUGUGAUAUUUGUAUGUGACACUCGAUUCGUUUUAUGGGAAUUUUAAGAAAGAAGAUGAUCCGAGUCAUCGAUCUGUGUGCGAUUUUCUUUUUACUUGUGACUACUCGAUUGGAACUAUUCUCUUUGGACAAACAAGGAGUAUUAUUCAGCGAAGCUAGAAUGGAAGCAGAAUUUGAGAAAUGCUGUGGGCUUGGUACUUCUUGGGCUUUGGAAGGACUCAAGUGUGAAAAGUUUACAGGACCGGUGUCUGGAGUACCAACGGUUGAACAAGGUCUUUGCUUAGAGGCUGUGGAUAUCUGUUGCAUAAGAACUUAUCACGAAGAACAAUGCAAGAAAGGAAAGUUAGACGCGCAUGCUGGUUUAGCAUGUGUUUCCGAUACCAAAAGCAAAUAUUCAGGACCGGGUGAUUAUCAUCGCGACUGUUGUGAAGCUUGUAAAUUAGGUAUUUUAACUGGAUCUAUGGGACAAGGAUGUGCUUUUAAGAAAUUUACUUUUGGAAAUCCAUGGGAUCCUGCAUUUUUAGAAUGUUGCCACGAAGCGUCACCAAGUACAACAUCAGCUCCAACAGAUUCUACAAACGCAACAUCGUUCAUUGAGACUACUGAUACUUCAUCCUCAAUAUCAACGUCUUCGUUAUCUACUCCAACAUUGGCUUCAACCUCUUCUUCUUUGUCAAUACCUACACCUCCAUUAGAUGACAUCUGCCAACUUAUGAAGGGAUUAUUGUGUUCUGACAUUUGUGUUCCUACUCAAGGAUCUUAUUAUUGUAAAUGUCGUGAAGGUUUUAGUUUAUUGGAAGAUGGAAAAACUUGCAGACAAGAUUUACCUAUUGACAGAUGCAAGUCGAGCAAUCCAUGCGAACAACGUUGUACGGAUAAUGGAGUUGCAGUUACGUGCAGUUGCAAUCCCGGUUACAUAUUAGCGAAGGAUAAACAUUCUUGUUUACCAAAAAAAUUCGAGAACAAAAGUACAACUUCGGAGGAUGAUAACGAGUUUUUACCUCUUUGUCCAACUGGUUAUCGUUACAACGCUACCAAUCAAGUCUGCGAUGAUGUGAACGAAUGUAUAGAAAAAGAAGUAUGUCCUGGUCAUUGCGAAAAUAAUAUAGGAUCUUAUAUAUGCACGUCCAAAGAUAAACUUAGAUCUGUUUCUUACGAAGAGGAUACUUGUCCUCCUGGUUAUCAAUGGGAACCCGCUACAGGUCUUUGUACAGAUAUUGACGAGUGUCUUAUAUUAUCAGAACCAUGCUCCGGAAGAAAAAAUUUUUGUGUUAACACUCAAGGUAGUUUUAGUUGUCUAGAAAUGAAAGGAAUAAAAUCUUGUCCCGCUGGAUUUAAAUUCAAUAAAUUGUCACAGCAAUGCGAAGAUGUGAAUGAAUGUGCAGAAGGAAUUCAUAGCUGUUUGGAGGGUACAGAGGAAUGUCGUAAUAUUGAAGGUGCUUAUGAGUGUGAUGUAAAAUGUGAUAAAGGAUUUACCUAUAAUGUUAAUUUAGGUACCUGCACAGAUGUGGAUGAAUGCUUCGGAUCCAGUAAUCCGUGUUUAAACUUAAAUACCACUUGCAAAAAUAUAAUAGGUGGUUAUGAAUGCUUACCCUCGAAUCAUUCUGAUCUUUUCUUAACUGACAAAUUAUUGACUUGUCCUGCGGGUUAUAAGCCGAUAAAUAAUUCUAAGGAAGCAUGUAUCGAUGUGGACGAAUGUAAAGAACAAUUGCAUUCAUGUGAAGAAAAUGAACAAUGUAUUAAUGAUAUAGGUAGUUACAGAUGCGAACCAUUAAAUCAUAAAGAUAUCAAUUUGGAUAGAAAGAUUAAAGAUACUCAAGCUUAUUCGUAUAGAAAGGAACACAAAUCAGUAACUUCAAUUUCUCCAGUUGUUAAUCAAGCAACGACUUGCAAGGAAGGUUUCGUGUUCGAUCAACAAAGUUUAGAUUGUAUCGAUAUCGAUGAAUGUAACAAUGGUUUAUCAAAUUGUGGAAUCAGUGAACAAUGUAUAAAUUUCUGGGGUGGAUACAGAUGUUCUCCAGUAUGUCCGCCUGGCUUUCAGCUAAGUAAUAAUAGUCACUCUUCGAAUGAAGAAUCUUGUCAAGAUAUAAAUGAGUGUGCACUUGGAUUACAUUCUUGUAAUGUAUUAACUGAAUUUUGUCUUAAUACAAAUGGUUCUUAUACUUGUGAAGUAUUUACAACAACAAGUUCAACAAUAAUUAACAGACCAUUAAGUAUUAAGAAAAAUCAUAUAAUGCAGAAUCAUUAUUUGUUUUUUGAACCAUGUGAUCUCGGAUAUACUAGAGAUAUAAAAAAUGGAGAGUGCAUAGAUAUUGAUGAGUGUGCAACAGGAUUGGUUUGUCGAGACUACGAACAAUGUUAUAAUAUCCCAGGCAGCUUUAAAUGUUCACCACUUUGUACCACUGGCUGGUAUUUUAAUACAGCAAUAAAAGGAUGCCAGGAUGUUGACGAGUGUCUUUUAGGCAGCCAUGAUUGUCCACAGGAUACCCAUAAAUGUAUUAACACGAAUGGUUCUUUUUUGUGCGAGUUGAUACCGCCUUGUAGCAACGGUUAUAAGAGAUCUUUCGAUGACAAUUGCAUCGACAUCGAUGAGUGUUUGGAAAAUCUGCACACUUGUCGAUUAGAAUUACAUCAGUAUUGUGUCAACAAAAACGGUAGCUUUGAAUGUUUGACCAGAUUACCUUCUUGUUCACCGGGUUAUGAAUACGAUCUAGCUACUAAACAAUGCGAAGAUAUCGAUGAAUGUGUCCUCGGCCAACACAAAUGUGAUCUUAGACUUUCUGAAAAAUGCUUCAAUCUACCUGGAACCUACAGAUGCGAAAGACCUGUAUCGUUCGAACAACGUCAACAUCAAAAACCUGCUUGUCCUUCCGGUUUUAGAUAUCAUCCCCGAUUAAGGAAAUGCACAGAUAUAGACGAAUGUGCGGAAGGUUUGGAUUCUUGUGAAGGUGAAGUUUGUUAUAAUCAACCAGGUGGUUAUAGUUGCGCAACACCCCCAAAACCGAAAACUAGGAAACCACCUACGACACCUUCACCGACACUACCGAACAAAAAGUGUGCCUCUGGAUUAAAACUUGUUAAAAAUUAUUGCAUUGACAUCAAUGAAUGCCGGGAAAUAGAUGAUGCAUGUAGUAGCAACGAGGACUGCAUUAACACUAUAGGAAGUUACACAUGCAAAUGCAAAAUUGGUUUUAGACGUGAGAAUUUAACUCAAGCCUGCGUGGAUAUUAACGAGUGUCAAACACGGGAAGAUAUUUGUUUGCAAGGUCAAAGAUGCGAUAAUACUAUAGGUAGUUAUACUUGCACUCGUUAUCUGUCGUGUGGUACUGGAUAUACUCUGAAUGCAGCCACUGGAAUCUGCGAAGAUGACGACGAAUGCCUGCUUGGUUUACACGAUUGUAGAUCAGGUUAUCAAUGUAGGAAUACACUCGGCUCUUUUAGAUGCUAUCGUAAUCCACGUAUACCGGUCCCACAACCUCGUGUUGACACCACAACGCCACUGACAACUACAACUAGUAAAUCAACAUCUACAUUCAGAUCUGUUACUUCUACUUCAUUAACUACUGAAAAAAUGUAUAAUUGUCCACGUGGAUUUGAACCUGGUUCUGGAGGAAAAUGCGUUGAUAUAGACGAAUGUCAAGAAGAUUCGAGUAUUUGUGGCAGGACGAUGCGGUGUAUGAACACUGUUGGAUCUUAUAGGUGUGUAUCUAAAGUGAUAUGUAGUAAUGGAUUCACUUUGGAUCCAAUAUCAGGACAAUAUUGCAUUGAUAUCGAUGAAUGUGCGAAUGGUACUCAUGAAUGUACUGCGGAUCAGACGUGCGAAAAUAGACUAGGUGGUUACGUUUGCACUUGUCCGCCAGGACACGUUGCUGGACCGAAUAAGGACUGUGUUGAUAUCGACGAAUGUAGUCUUUAUGGUAAUGUAUGUGGAUCAAAUAGUCGAUGUGAAAACACCGUUGGUUCAUUCCGAUGUAAUUGCGAAAGUGGUUUUGAAAAUAUUGGUGGUUCUGCUGGUGGUAGUUGUCAGGAUAUUGAUGAGUGCCAACGAACCCCUAAUUUGUGUCAACAUAUGUGUUUUAAUGUAUGGGGUAGUUAUAGAUGUGCUUGUAAACCUGGAUUCAGGUUGAAUCCUGAUAAUCGUUCUUGCACAGACGUCGAUGAAUGUACGGAGUUCAAAAAGAACAAUUUGUGUAUAGGAAUUUGUGAAAACACACCAGGAAGUUAUGCUUGUAAAUGCCCAGAUGGUUACAAACUCGGAUUUAACGGUCGUACUUGCGAAGAUAUCGACGAGUGCCAAGUAGAAAAUGUCUGCAGAGGAGCAGAUGAAAUUUGCCACAACACCAGAGGUGGCUUCCGUUGCAAUAAAAUAAACUGUCCCACGGGAUAUCAUCGUGAUCAUGAAAGAAAAAACCGAUGUGUAAAAUCCUGGCCCUGUCGUAUCAACGAUCCAGCUUGUCUUAGACAACCAUCGCAUUAUUCGUACAACUUCAUCACUCUUGUGAGCAUGUUACCGAUCGCACCCAACAAACCGGAAGAAUUGUUUAAAAUGAAAGGAUAUCACAUGCCAGGGUCGACGAUGCAAUUCAGUAUGACCUUCUUGGAAGCGCGUGCACCACCUGGAGUACAACGCGCUACGGAAUCGUGUUUCGCAUUGAAAAGGCCUGCACCACAGCAAGCUGUUUUAAUAAUGACACGAAGCAUACAAGGCCCCCAGGAAAUCGAACUUGAUUUAAGUAUGGAAGUUUAUCAUAAUACGUUCUUUGCCGGAAGUGCAGUAGCAAAAAUUUUAAUUUUCAUUUCUCAAUACGAAUUUUAAUAAGUCCUGAAAUUUGAAAAAGCAAAUGCUUAAUUUGAAGAAAAAUUGUCAUCUAGUUUGAUUGAUGUUUGUAUUAAUAAGCUUUAAAUACCGCAAUUUAAUUACUUUACAGUCGAUUGCCUUUUCUUUUUUUACUCUUAUUUUAAAUUGCAUGUUUCGAUAUUAAAAGACGCAAUAUUUAAAGACGCAAAAUGCAACAAAAUUUAAAUAUAUCACGAUUUUAACAUUCUUUUACAGUAAAUUGGUUUCUUAAAAAAAGUAUUUCUUAUAUUUUUAAAUUAUAAUUAAACGUGAAUUAUAUUAUAUAAUAUUUUUUGGUAAUUUUUUAUGUCUAUUGUAAAGUGCUUCCAUUACAUUUUACAAAAAAUGUUAAGCAAGAUUUUUUCAUUUUUAACGCAAAAGAACUAUAAAAAGCAUUGGGGAUAGCUAUAAAAAAGAAAGAUAAAAUGAAUUAUGACAAAUGGAGCAGUAAUUUCACAUUAUAUUUUCAGUAAAUAAGUUGAUUUAUAUGUACAUAGGAUACAUUAGAGUUUGUACACAUGAGAAAACGAAAUAAAAUCAUAAUUAAUCGUUCUAAAUUAAAUUCCUUCCUAUUACUAUAUUUUGUAAAUAUAUACCUUAUUAAAAUCGCAGUUUUAUAACACGCUUCAAUAACGAAACGUUUCUUUUCGCUAUAUUUAACAAUAAGUCUAUUCUAACGAUCAUAUAUUAUGUACGUAUACAGCAAUUUUUCAAAAAAUUUAUCUGUCCAAGUCAAAAAUGACAAUAUUUGUAAAAUAUUUACAAUUAUUGCAAUAUAUUUAAUAGCAUAUGAUGACAACAUCGCUUAUGUUAGUAUCCUAUCAAAAAUUCUGUAUACAUACAUAUUAUGUGAGCAUAUAAAUAUAUGUAUUUUUUUGCUGCGUACUUGAUAUUCUUUUAUAGGUUGCAUAUCCUAACGUAUCUGAGAUCUUUAGCAUUAAUUGCUAUCUAGUUGUAUAAAACAGCCACAACGUGAUUUGCAAUGUAAAAUAUCGAUAAAAAAUAAAAUAUAGCUAACAAAAUA